AAAAUUUCAUUCUAAUAUUUGUUGUGAUUAAGCAAUGUUUUUGUUGAUAUAAAAGCACUUGCAGCAAAAACAACAUAAAGGGGCGAUAAAAGAAACUUUGCAAUUGUAAGGGCGGAGAAGUUCACAGCAUAAAGCUUCAUCUUUUGGGCUCCCCCAUUCGUCUGCCUACACCAAGCAGAACGCAGCAGUAGAACUCGUAGCUCUAAUUAAUACGGAAGGCAAGUGGAUUGAAAAUUAAAUAUGAAAUCAUCGGUGAAAGGAUUGAUUUUGUGUUGCCUUUUGGCUGGAAUUUUCUCAUCGGUUUAUUGUCAAGAAUCUGCCAAUGACAAAGCUUCGGUUAAAGUCAAUGAGCAAAAUACCCCCGCGCCAAAGACCGCUGCAGAUAGUGUACCAACUACAACGGAGAUAAACAAAACAGAACCCAUAACUACAACAAAUCCAACAGUCGUGACAACACCAUCAACACCGGCUACUAAUCCAAAUGACACUACCACAGUGAAACCAACGCCUGAUCAAAACACAACUACCACUGUUGCUCCAACCACAACAACAACUACUCCCACUCCCGCUCCGAACACCACUACCACUCCUCCACCAGAAACAACUACACCAGCCGCCAACUCUACUACAACCACGACCACCACUACUACAACAACCGUCGCGCCUGACAAUAGUACCACUACAAACACAACUACAACAACAGCCACACCACCAACACCUCGCCCACCAUGCAAUCAUUUCGAUUUCCCAUCCUUCAUUGGCGGCAUUGUUUUGACCUUGGGUACUUUAGCUAUAAGUUUAGUCGCAUACAAAUUCUACAAGGCACGUAAUGAACGCAACUAUCACACCCUUUGAGCCGCCACUGCCUUUACAUCGGCAUUUAAUGCAGCAGCCAAUCCAGCGCCAUCCAGCAAUUCAAGCGGAGACAUAGAACGUGUACGUUUUGUACAACCAUCGUUCCCAUUACGAUCACCACCCACCACACCGCACCAACCACCAACGGAGUCCUCCGCACCAGGCGCACCACCAACAUCAUCACCAUCGGUACGGCAAAGGCUGUUGCAAACAUAAUUGAAGAAUACGAAGAAGACUAAGAUGAUAAGAUGAAAGAAAAAACUAAAGUAAGCUACAAAUACGCAAUAAAUCGUGAUUUCCUUUCCUUCUAAAACAGUGUGUGUAUAUAAAUACAACUACAAACAAUUGAUAACAAUUUUCCUGCACUAUACAUACAUAUAUGAAAACUACAUACAUAUGUAUGUAUGUAUGUGAGUACAUAAUUAUAUGUACUGAAAAGCAUUAAUUAUAAUACAACAAAUAAUAAAUAUAUUAUCAUCUUUUAUCCCUUUCACACAUAAAACUACAAUACGCAAUAACAAAUUUGAAUCAAAGCUGAAUCUAGUAAAUUAAUUGCUGUAUUAAGGCUUAUUAAAAUACUUCUUUACGGUGCAUUAUUUAAAACAAUUAUAUCAAAUAAUUUAUAUCGAGAUAUAUAUAUGUAAAGGAUACAUUUUAAUAAAAACUAAUCAUUAUGUAUUUGAGACUGUCGGAUUAGUAUGUCGUUUUAUGAGAGAACUGCAUACCCAUGUUCAUAUGUAUGUACGUAUUUGGACGCUAUCGCAAGCGUGGUUUUGUACAAAAUUUUCACAAGUUUUAAUUUAGCGAUUGAACAAAUGUGAAUUAAUACGAAAUUUUAUGCGAUAGAUGAAGUAAAAUUACAAUAGCAGCAUUUUUCAUAAAGCUUUUUUAUGAAUGUACAUUCAAUACGAAUUCAAUACACAUAUUUAUUAUGUACAUUUUGCUAAUAAGUACAUAUACAUACACGCACGCUAUGUUAGUUAAGAUGAUUGCGCGUUGCUGUCAUAUUUUUGCAUAAAUAAUUACGAAAAGUUGCACAAUUUGUAAGUGAAAUGAAUCAUUUAUUUGUGUUAGAAGCAUCAAAUUUAUAAAAAAAAAAAAUUGUGUAAUUAAAUUAAAA